GCUUUCUGAUCACCAAAAUUACAAAUCUAAUCUAGUCUUCUGAAAAUUGAAACUGACGGACAUGGACGGACAGACACGACAAGUAAGCUGGCAGAGAGAGACCGACUUUAAAAGAGAUGAGAAAACAAAUUGAUCCAUGUCCAGAUCACCUUAACCUGGCACCUCUCCCAACCUGAGCCUGGUGGCGGAAGAGUAAAGAGAAAAGUUCAAACAGCUGGGUAAAGGCUGACUGGGUACUGGAUAGGGUCCCGUCUCAUCCCACGGGGAAGCAUCAAAAGCCGAGGGGUGACAGAAAGCAUUUUUAAAAGGAAGGAAGCUGGGUCCAGGAUGAUGUGGCGAAUGCACCGUCGCUCCAGGACAAUCUGUUUGUCCUUGGCCUUCGUCACCAUUUUCCUCCACCUCCUCCUGGCACUUGCCUCUCUUUCCAUUUACCACCAUCCCUGUGACCCCCCACUGCCGCCCAAGACAUACAUCCUGAGAGACCUGGCACGCACCGACUACAUCUCUGUGGGGAUCAGCGGUCUAGCGGAGCUACCAACUGAUGCUGCACAAAGAGAUUCUUCCAACAAGGAUGCCAAUGGUCAUGUGCGAACCGCUCCUGCUUCAAUCAACGCGGCAGCCAGUGUGGGCCGUUACGACGGCGACGGAGCUGAACCUUUGGAGUCUGGGCUGUCAAAACUGGAGGCGCUGUUUGAUCAUCCUCUAUACAAUAUGCCCAGCCCUCCCGUCCCCGAAGAGGACUGGCUGCUGAAAGUGAAAUCGAAGGUCAAGGCUAGUGAGAAGAGCUCUCAGAUGUGGGUGAGUGCUAGCCAGGAAGGCUAUGAGGACGCUCAGUGGACCAGCAGCAGUAAGACUCAUCCUCCCUGGCUGCGCUUCCACCUGGGCAUCUCCCGCUGGCAGCUCUACCCCCAUCGGGACCCCAACAUGGAGGCUCUGACCCAGCAGCUCGCCACGCACCACAUCGUCAGUGCAGUGCAGAAGUCUGGGGGGACGCAACUGAAGCUGGUGAUGUCAUUUCCCAACUAUGGACAGGCGAUGUUCAAGCCCAUGAAGCAGGAGAGAGAUGACGAAGCCAACUACAACCUCUACUACUUCUCAGACUUCGAGAGACACAAUGCAGAAAUCGCAGCUUUCCACCUGGACAGGAUUUUGGGCUACAGAAGAGUCCCUCCCGCGGUUGGGAGGCUGGUGGACGUGGUCAAGGAGAUCAAAGACAUAACCACUGACCGCAAGCUGGCCCGAACCUUUUUUACCUCCCCUGUGGGAAACGUGUGUUUCUAUGGCCAGUGCUCCUACUACUGUUCAACAGAGCAUGCUGUGUGUGGUCGUCCAAGGGACCUGGAGGCCUCCUUGGCUGUCAUGCUCCCAGACCUGGCCACCCGGAGGAGCUGGAGGUCCCCCUGGAGACGCUCCUACAGCCGCAGCAAGCUGGCAAAGUGGGAGACGAAAUCGGAUUACUGCUCAAAGGUAAAAAAGACCCCGCCGUACAACAAAGGCACAAGACUGGUGGACUUCAUGGACAUGGUCGUGCUGGACUUCUUGAUGAGUAACAUGGACAGGCACCACUAUGAGACUUUUGAGAAGUUUGGCAAUAAUACUUUAAUGUUGCACCUUGACAACGGGAGAGCAUUUGGACGUCACUCCAAAGAUGAGCCUUCUAUCUUAGCUCCUUUAGAACAGUGCUGCAGAAUCCGUCGCUCCACUUGGCUUCGCCUGCGUCUCCUGUCCCUGCCAAAAUAUCGUCUCAGUGAUGUCAUGCGGGCCUCUCUCUCCCACGAUCCCCUUCAUAGUGUGGCUCCGCUGCUGUCCGAGCCCCACCUCGCUGCUCUUGAUCGGCGUUUGAAAACUGUCCUGGAGACUGUAAGUCAUUGCCAAAAGCACCGGAGCAAGGAUGGCGGUGGUGAUGAGGUCCUCUUUGAUGACACUGCCUACUUGAAAGACAUGGUCACUCCUGCUGGGUAGAGCAGCCUCACACCUCCUUCAUAUAAUAUCUUGGUGUAUGAUUACACUAGCACAAACAAAAUGGUGUCAGAAGUUACAUGAAUGUUAUAGUUAAACUCACAAGGACUUAGUUGGUGUCUUGACAUAUUCCCUGUUACAGUGAAGCGGGAUGAAUAAAUGGGACAAACAUGAGGAAGGUCUGUUUUAACAUGUUUAAAAACUUCAGAUGGCUGUAUUGGACUUUGGCAAAUUUUCGGGGUUCUAUAGCAUUAAUUCAUUCUAGCCACUGUAACGUAGUGGUGUCUUAGGAAAAGUGAACAUGGUUUUCAGGAUGACAACAUCCAAAAAAUGAACUACAAAUCCAUAUUGCCAACUCACAUCACUUGGAAAGUUAUUAAGUUUUAAGGAAGGGGAAAUUGGAGAUUUGGUCAGAGAUUUAAUUAUAGACAGAGAUAAAUGACAUACAUACCAUUUUCAGGUAUUGGAAAUUUGAUUUGAUUGAUUGAUUUGAUUAAAAAAAAAAA